UUCAUAAACAGUUACAUAAUAAAAUCCUUGAGCUCUCUAGUCUGAUGCUCCUUCAAAGUCAGCUUCGGUUAUUUCACUUCAUUUCCCGCCAUUACAUUUUAUCAAAGCCACGCCUUUUCUCGUUUCACUCUCCAUUAACCAAGCAAUCAUGCAUCUCUCUUCUCAAAAGCUGCAAAUCCAUGAACCACCUUAAGCAAAUCCAAGCCCAAACCUUUCUACUUGGUCUGCACCAAGACAGCCACACUCUCAACAAGCUCAUAGCUUUUUGUACAGACCCAACUCUUGGAACCUUUCGGUACGCUGAAAAGAUCUUCAAUCUCGUUCAAUACCCAUCUUUGUUUAUUUACAAUGUGAUGAUCAAGACGUUUGUGAAAAAGGGUAGUCAUAAAAAUGCAAUCUUGGUCUUUGGGAAGCUUAGAGAGCAAGGAUUGUGGCCCGAUGGUUUUACCUAUCCUUUCGUUUUUAAGGCAAUUGGAAGCUUGGGAGCUGUUUUUGAAGGUCAAAAGAUUCAUGGGUUAGUAGCAAAAUCUGGGCUUGAAUUUGAUGCUUAUGUCGUUAAUUCACUUAUGGAUAUGUAUGUUCAAGUGGGUCGGAUUCGGUGUUCGAAGAAGUUGUUUGAUGAAAUGCCUCAAAGAGAUGUUGUUGCCUGGAAUGUGUUGAUUUCUGGGUUGGUUAAGUGUGGGAAGUUUGAAGAUGCUGUGAAUCUUUUUGGGCUGAUGAGAAAAGAGGGUCUGGUUAAGCCUAAUGAGGCUACAAUUGUUAGUACUCUUUCGGCUUGCACGGCAUUGGGAAGAUUGGAUCUUGGAAAGGAAAUUGACCAUUAUGCAAGGGAGGAACUUGAAUUGACUACUAUAAUGGGGAAUGCUUUGUUAGACAUGUAUUGCAAGUGUGGUUGUCUAGAUAUUGCCAGAAAACUUUUUGAUGACAUGCCGAGUAAAAAUGUUAAUUGUUGGACUAGUAUGGUUUCUGGCUAUGUAAAUGUUGGUCAGCUGGCUGAAGCUAGACGGUUAUUUGAGAGAAGUCCAGUUAGGGAUGUAGUUCUUUGGACAGCCAUGAUUAAUGGUUAUGUGCAAUUCAACUGUUUUGAUGAGGCAGUUGGACUGUUUCAAGAAAUGCAGGCCCAAAGGGUUAAACCAGAUAAAUUUGUUUUGGUUUCUCUCCUAACUGGUUGUGCUAAGUUGGGAGCUCUUGAGCAAGGGAAAUGGAUUCAUGGUUACCUUAAUGAAAAUAGUAUUGUUCUUGACACUGUUGUUGGUACAGCUCUUAUCGAAAUGUAUGCAAAGUGUGGCUGCAUUGAGGAAGCUCUGGAGAUAUUCUAUGGGUUGAGAAAAAGGGAUACUGCCUCUUGGACUUCAAUUAUAUGCGGGAUGGCAGUUAACGGGGAAACAAGCAAGGCACUCGAGUUAUUCUCGGAAAUGGAACAAACCAAUGAAAAACCUGAUGAUAUCACCUUUAUAGGUGUUUUAAGUGCUUGUAGUCAUGGAGGAUUGGUUGAAGAAGGUCGUAAGGUUUUUGAUUCCAUAUCAAAAGUGUAUCAUAUGGAGCCAAAGUUGGAACACUAUGCGUGUUUGAUUGACCUACUUUGUCGAGCUGGACUGUUAGUUGAAGUAGAGAAGUUGAUAGAUGAUAUACCAGGCAAAGAUAAUGAAACCAUUGUGCCCCUUUAUGGUUCAUUGCUUAGUGCUUGCAGGACCUAUGGCAAUGUUGAGAUGGGAGAACGAAUGGCUCAACGGCUAGUAGAAAUUCAAUCAAGUGAUUCAAGCGUUCAUACACUUCUGUCCAAUAUCUAUGCAUCUGCUGAUAGAUGGGAAGAUGUAAAAAAGGUUAGAGAAAAGAUGAAAGAUCUUGGAGUCAAAAAGGUGCCUGGCUGUAGCUCAAUUAAAGUCAAUGGUGCAAUAACUCAAUCAUAAAGCAGUCGCUUAAAAAAAAUCCAAGUUGGGGAAUCAAAAUUUUCAAGAAGAGGCAAUUGGACUACUGGUUGGGUUUCUUGUUCAAGCAGGUUUUCAUAACAGUUUUUAACAGGCACGCUUAAAUUUGCUCCAAGUCUGUGGUGGAACAUGCGUCAUUCAACAUCUCCAUUAGGUUUGAUCCAACAGAAUCAUUUCAUGUAUCUUGUUAAAAUUUAGUAUCAGAUUUAGAUGUUAAAAUCAUCAUCUGAAUAUUACACAAAGGCAUGAGUUUACAAUUGUCAACUCAGUGCAGACACUAACAUCAUGUUCAUAGGAAUAUGAGUUUUGACUGAAAUCUGUGAACUAUUGUUUAUUAACAGGGAAAUCUAUAUUGAAACCAGAUUUUUGUUAA